AUGACUUCUGCACCAAUGUUCAGACCAGAAGCCGACGGAGACCAAGCCGAAGAUGUCAGAAUUCUGGGCUAUGAUCCACUAGUUUCUCCUGCGCUUUUGCAGUCGCAGAUUCCAGCUACCGAGGUGUGUCUCAACACUGUCAAGAGAGGUAGAAGAGAGGCCUGCAAUAUCAUUGACGGUACCGACGACAGAGUAUUGGUUGUGGUCGGCCCUUGUUCUAUCCACGACCUGGACCAGGCACAAGAGUACGCUACUCGUCUUAAGAAACUGUCAGACGAACUUUCGUCUGACUUGUGCAUCAUCAUGAGAGCUUACUUGGAAAAGCCCAGAACCACCGUCGGAUGGAAGGGUCUUAUCAACGACCCUGACGUCGAUAACACCUUCAACAUCAACAAAGGCAUCCAGGCCGCAAGACAGCUGUUCGUCAACUUGACCAGCGCUGGUGUGCCCAUCGGCUCUGAAAUGCUCGACACCAUCUCUCCGCAGUACCUGGCGGAUCUUCUGUCGUUCGGCGCGAUUGGUGCCAGAACCACGGAAUCCCAACUGCACCGUGAACUUGCAUCCGGUUUGUCCUUCCCAAUCGGCUUCAAGAACGGUACGGACGGUACUCUGGGCGUCGCUGUCGACGCCGUUUCCGCCGCGGCCCACUCUCAUCGGUUCAUGGGCGUUACCAAGCACGGUGUCGCUGCCAUCACCACCACCAAGGGUAACGAACACUGUUUCGUGAUUUUAAGAGGUGGUAAGAAGGGUACCAAUUACGACGCCAAGUCUGUCGCCGAAGCCAAGGCCCAACUUCCUGGUAAGUGCGGUCUCAUGGUCGACUGCUCCCACGGUAACUCUAACAAGGACUACAGAAACCAACCGAAGGUGAACGAUGCCGUUUGCGAGCAAAUCGCUGCUGGCGAGGACAAAAUUAUUGGUGUCAUGAUUGAGUCCCAUAUUAAUGAGGGUAAACAGAACAUCCCACCUGAGGGUAAGGCCGGUUUGAAAUACGGUGUCUCCAUCACUGACGGCUGUAUAGGAUGGGAAACUACCGAACAGGUGCUGCGCAAAUUGGCUGGUGCUGUCAAACAGAGAAGAGCUAUCAGAAAGCACUAA